AUCGCUUCUGAGCACGGAGCAAUGGCCUCUCGCUGGGCUGUGCAGCUGCUGCUCGUGGCAGCCUGGAGCAUGGGCUGUGGUGAGGCCCUCAAGUGCUACACCUGCGAGCAGCCCAUGACCAGUGCUUCCUGCAGGACCAUUACCCGCUGCAAGCCGGAGGACACAGCCUGCAUGACCACGCUGGUGACGGUGGAGGCAGAGUACCCCUUCAACCAGAGCCCCGUGGUGACCCGCUCCUGCUCCCGCUCCUGUGUGGCCACUGACCCCGACAGCAUCGGGGCCGCCCACCUGAUCUUCUGCUGCUUCCGAGACCUCUGCAACUCGGAGCUCUGAACCCAGGGCAGCAGGGCAGAAGGUGCUCCUCAGGCACCUCCUCUCUGACGGGGCCUGGCAAGGUGCUCCUCAGGCACCACCUCUCUGACGGGGCCUGGCUCCACCUGUGAUCACCUCCCACUGCUUCCUGCUGCUGUGGCACAGCUCACUCAUGGGGUCUG